AUGAUCUUUCAAUCAGACCUGCUUGUUCUUCAUCAACAUAAACAUAGUAAACUUGAAAACCUCACAAAAUCGAAAUCGACUCAAAACAAAGAAUCAAAAUCAUUAUCACCUAAAUCUAGAGAUGGUCCUAAUAAUCCUUUUUCAGUGAAAGAAGAUGAAUCAGUUUGUCAAGCUAGUCCAUUUCAUAAUGAGAAAUCUCGUAAAUUAGCUUACGUUUUUCGUGGUAAGAAAAUUCAAUAUCAUCCAGGAGAAGAUUUACAUAAUACUGGGGAUUCACCUUUUACACUCUCGACCCCUAAACUACUUGUUCCAAAUGAUGAUAUUCCAUCAUAA